UUCUCAAUAACACGGUUUUUUUUAGUACUUAAACUGGCAGAGCUCCAAGACUGUAAAAAUAAUCCGUCGUCUCACAAGAAUGCAUAGAUUAUUUUUUAAAACGUUCACUGGGCUGUCUAUCUUUGUCCGACUUUUAAAAAAGUAUUAUGUUGCAAAAACAUUGAUUUAUGCUCGACACAUGGAGGAUCAAAGGAUAUCCUGAGUAAUAACGAUAUCUCCGAUUAACGCAAACUCGAAGAACUCAAGAACGCCCGAUUGUUCCCCAGGAGUCCUCCUCGAUUUAUAGAAAUUUAAUAAAUCUACGUGGGAUUUACGAAGCGAGAUCGAGACAGUCCCCCCUUGAUAUUCGAGGCGCGAGAUGCGGAGCUGCCGUCGUUGCAAAACGGUGCAUCAGGACCUGUAUCUUGGCGCGCGACGUGGUCCACGUUUCCAUGUGGAAGAAUAUAGGGCCAUAAGACUGCUUAGUAGGUAUUAAUAAGCAAAUGGAAUAAUUAAGAGAAUAGUGGAGCAGUUUGGGUAGCAUUCUGAGUGGUAGGAUUGCUUGGAGUGAGUACGAAGGAUCUCGAAUUCGAAUCCCGGUUGGAUCCGUUAAUUUUUCCGUUGUAUACAGGUAUGUGUUUGCGAGCGCUCGUUUUACACGCUCGUAUGCUGAUGUUAGUGUUGCAGAACGAGCGGGGCAACACACGGCUGGGGUCCCAUCGGGGCCUGGCGAGGCAGAGGAGGAGGAGCAGAGAAGAGGAGCGCAUAGAAGAAGCAAACAGCACCAGGCAGGCGGCAAGCAGCAGUGCCGGCCCCGCUCUGGGCCCGACGGGGGGACCUGGGGUCACAUUCCAAGAUGGCUGUGCCUGAGGAAUGCAGUGGGUGCCCCCCUAAGACGCCUGCCUCCCUCCUUUUUUAUUAAUCGGUCCCAUUUGCCCGUUCUAGCGAAAAGAAACCCCCUUAUUACCGCUCGCGCGCGGUGAAACAAUGUAACGCGCAUACACGCAGAGUUUAGUUUGCCAGCCGACGCCGAAGGAAGGUGCCGAGGUGAGUCCCAUAGGAGAGAGAGAGCGGGACAGAGAGAGAUAGAGGCAUCGCACGUUUAAUCCGCGGCCUGAUCUUCAUGCCAGCACGUCGCAGAUGAUGCUCAUGCCAGAGGAUGCUACUAGCUCGUCUUAAGCAAUGUCUCAUAGGGAUAUCUCUGAGGUGGAGCCCGAAGGUACGUCGGCCUUGGCCGCUGGAUCCAGGACACUAUUCUUAGAAACGGUACGCAGGAGUAACGCAGCGUGCCAGAAUGGAGAUUACGCACUGGCCGCGACAUUGUAUACGGAAGCCCUCGCCCUGGAUCCCCUCAGUCAUGUGUUGUACUCAAAUAGAUCGGCCGCCAGGCUCAAGAUGGGAUUAUUUGCGCUCGCGUUGCAAGAUGCUGUCCGAGCUACCGAACUAAGUCCGCAGUGGCCAAAGGCGUACUACCGGCAAGGAGUAGCGCUGCAAUGCCUAGGACGUCACGGAGAGGCACUCGUUGCCUUCAGCACGGGAUUAGCUCACGAUGCGUCCAAUCAUCAAUUAUUAUCAGGGUUGGUAGAAGCAUCACUAAAGUCUCCGCUGCGACCAACUUUAGAGCCGACGUUUCAACAACUACGCGCAAUGAAACUUGACGAGUCCCCAUUCGUUGUUAUAUCCGUGGUCGGUCAGGAACUACUCGGAGCUGGACAAUACAGGGCAGCCGCUGGCGUACUGGAGGCCGCGCUCACUAUCGGUUCGUGUAGUUUAAAAUUGAGAGGUUCUGUAUUCUCCGCUCUGUCUAGCGCGUACUGGGCAUUGAAUUCUCUGGAUAAGGCAAUCAAUUACAUGCAGCAAGAUCUAGAAGUGGCACGUUCUCUGGGAGACACUCAGGGCGAGUGUAGAGCCCACGGAAAUUUAGGAUCCGCUUAUUUCAGCAAAGGCAGCUUUAAGGAAGCUUUAACGGCUCAUAGGUACCAACUUGUUCUAGCUAUGAAAUGUAAAGAUACGCAAGCGGCGGCCUCGGCCUUGACCAGUCUGGGGCACGUUUACACGGCAAUCGGCGAUUUGCCGAACGCUCUGGCUUCCCACAAGCAGUGUGUGCAAUUAGUAAAGCAAAUGGGAGAUCGACUGCAGGAGGCUCGCGAGAUCGGUAACGUUGGGGCGGUUUACUUGGCGAUGGGAGAGUUCGAGAGCGCCGUCGACUGCCACACGCAACAUCUGAGGAUAGCCAGGCGGCUCGGUGAUCGCGUGGAGGAGGCAAGGGCUUUCAGUAAUUUGGGAUCGUCUCAUCACUAUCGGAGAAAUUUCGGGCAGGCGAUGACUUAUCAUGAGAAUGUUCUGAGAAUAGCUCAGGAACUCGGGGAUAGAGCAAUAGAGACCAGAGCGUACGCAGGAUUAGGUCAUGCUGCCAGAUGUGCAGGUGACUUGGCGCAAGCCAAGCUCUGGCAUCAGAGACAGCUUGACGUCGCGUUAGCUACGAAAGACAAGGUAGCCGAGGGACGAGCCUGUAGUAAUCUAGGCAUAGUGUAUCAGUUACUCGGCGAGCACGACGCUGCUUUGAAAUUACAUCAGGCACACUUGGGAAUCGCAAGAUCGUUGGGAGAUAAGGCUGGUACAGGUAGAGCGUAUGGAAAUAUCGGCAAUGCUUAUAACGCCUUGGGCUAUUACGAACAAGCCAUCAAGUAUCACAAGCAGGAAUUAACGAUAAGCAAAGAGGUAAACGAUCGUAGCUCAGAAGCCAGCACGCACGGAAACCUAGCAGUCGCGUAUCAGGCUGUGCAAGGUCACGAAGCAGCAUUGAGACACUAUAGAGCUCACCUUGCUAUAGCGCGCGAACUGAAAGACACGGCCGGCGAAGCGUGUGCUCUGCUAAAUCUCGCUAAUUGUCUAUCUUCACGCGGCAGAUUCGAAGAGGCGGUGCCAUAUUACGAGCAGUAUCUAAUGCUGUCGCAAGAAUUGCACGAUGUUGAAGGGGAGGCCAAAGCAUGCCAUUUUUUAGGAUAUGCUCAUUACUGCCUAGGAAAUCAUCGGGAAGCGGUCAGAUACUACGAUCAGGAUUUAGCACUAGCGAAGGAUCUGCAAGAUAAAUCUGGAAUGGGUAGAGCCUACUGCAAUCUGGGACUAGCUCACUUGGCACUGGAAAAUCUGGACACUGCUCUGGAGUGUCAAAAAUAUUAUUUAGCAAUUGCGCACAUGACCAAGCAUCUGGCUGGCAAGUUUCGCGCUCUGGGAAAUAUCGGCGACUGCUUGUUGCGCAUGGGAGAGAUCGACGAAGCUGUCAAGAUGCAUCAACGUCAAUUGAACUUGGCACGUCAAGCGGCCGAUCGAUGUCUCGAAGCGGCUGCCUAUGGCGCAUUAGGGAUUGCUCAUCGAGCUACAAAGAAUCUAGACAAGGCUCUCGGUUUUCAUACGCAGGAAUUAACGCUGAGGCAAGAAGCUGGUGACCUGCGCGGCGAAUGCAGAGCACAUGGAAACCUGGGUGCUGUGCACAUGGCGCUGGGACAGUACACUCAUGCGGUCAAAUGUUAUCAAGAACAAUUGGAGAGGGCGAAGGAGCUAGCAGAUUCUGGAGUCGAAGCUCAAGCACUAGGAAAUUUGGGCAUAGCUAGACUUAAUAUGACGCAUUACGAAGAUGCUAUCGGUUAUUUUGAGCAGCAGUUAGCAACUUUAGAACCGUUAACUACUGGCACUGCUUUACUCGACAAAGCCCGAGCACUCGGAAAUUUGGGAGACUGCUACGAGGCCUUGGGUGAUCUAGAAGAAGCUAUCAAAUGUCAUGAACAACAAUUGACAGCUGCUACGAAGCUGAAGAGCAUAAGAGAUCAGGAGAGAGCUUACAGAGGAUUGGGAAGAGCUCGCGAGGCUACCGGGAACUUACAGGAAGCCUUAGUAUGUUUCGAAAAGAGAUUGGUGGCCGCUCAUGAAGUGGACAGUCCUGAGGCGAGAGGUGCCGCUUACGGUGAUCUAGGUAGGGUACACGCCGCGUUAGGUAAUCAUGAACAGGCUGUUAGUUGUUUGUCGCAUCAACUGGCUCUCGCUCGUGGCCUCGGUGACAAAGCAGCUGAGGCUGAAGCCGCCAGCGGUUUGGGAGCAGUACAUCUUCUAAUGGAUGAUCCGAACUCCGCGUUACGUCAUCAUCAGUUGGAGCUGUCGAUUGCCGAAGGUUUGGACGCGGCUGGAUUGCAAGCUCGCGCCUGUGCCAAUUUGGGAGUGACCCAAGAAACGUUGGGCCAAUAUGAGGAAGCUAUAAGGUUGCAGGAGCAAUCGUUGAGUCUUGCUGCUGCAGCGGGUGAUCAACUCGCUCGAGCGGCAGCUUUUGCGAAUCUAGGUCGACUCCAUCAUCUGUGCGGGGACCUGCCACGCGCUCUGAGUUAUCUGCAGUCUGGUCUAUCCCUGUCUGAAGGCUUGGGUAGAAGGGAAGAAGCCGCCAGAUUGAGACACAGACUCGGUCUUGUGCAUUGGGAAGCAGGAGAAGCAGUCAUCUCUGUAGAACACUUAGAGAAGGCUGCGAAUCUCUUAGAAUCAUUGGAUGGAACCUCUGUGUCCCUUUCUUGUGGUCAACCCAAUAGAGCUGAGUUGCUAUCAGAAACAUAUAGGAUGUUGCAAAAGGUAUUAAUCAAUCUAAACCGAGCAGAAGAGGCUUUGAAUUGGGCGGAAAGAUCCAGAAGAUCCAAGAAUAAUUCCUUGGACGAUGCAGCUCACUAUUCCGAAAUUAUUGAUCGACAACGCGGGAUUAUCUUGUAUUAUAGCGAGGUGGGAUGUGAUUUGCAUGCGUGGUGCUUAGCUCCAGGACGUGGAUUAUUACGAUUUCAUUCCGCCACAUUGGACGAUGGGGUAGGUCUAGAAAAGAGGAUCCUUCAAGCACGCGAAGCACUCUUGGACGAGAGUAAUGAGCUUAUUGAGGAAUCCACUAAAAUCCCGUCGAGGGGUCAUCACUUGAACGCCAGUUCCUACAGUUUAAGUAGCCUCUUCAGCGUCGGCUCCGUGAGUUCUCGCGCCGGUAGCGCUCGUUGGGGACGAGGCACGAAAGGACCUACAUGGCAGGCGCCAUUGCCGAUACAGGUCCUUUACGAUCUUCUUCUUGCCCCGUUCGAGGAUCUGUUACCACCGCCGCGAAAGGAAUUGAUCAUGGUGGUGGAGAAGUCUCUCUACUUGGCGCCAUUCCCGGCUUUACAAUCCAAUCCAGGCGAGGAUUAUCUGUGCGAGAGAUUUUCGUUGUUGGUGGUACCAUCUCUUGCGGCGCUCAGAAAGAGAUCUAAGACGCCUGUACUGGAAGGUGGUGCUACCGUGGCUGCGUUGGUUGUCGGAAAUCCUGUUCUGCCGGAAGAUGUCCGAGAGGAAUAUGGAUGGGCCGAGAGCGUCGCUUCUACUGAGACCGAGUCGGAAAUAGUCGCUGAAUUGUUGGAGGCUCGUGCAAUGACUGGACUGGAAGCGACUAGAUCGAUGGUACUGCGGUCUCUACCGGAUGCGGAAUGCGUCCAUUUGACAGUGCCAGUCUUCUGGAAUACCGGCAAUCUAGCGUUCUCGCCUGAUCAGUGCGAAGAGCCGUCCGAAAAACCGGAGUAUCUGAUAAAUCAAGCAGAUUUACUCAGGCUAAAGAUGUCCGCUCGUUUAGUGGUCGUAUCCAGCGGUCACAGUUGGAGUAACGUAGAUUGCACAAAUGCUACGUCAGACGGCAUACAGAAUCUUGCUAAAACUCUGUUGAACUCGGGCGCGCAAUGUGUGCUCAUAGGAAUGUGGGCAGUACCACCGACCGCCGGCAGUAUCUUGUUGCGAGCGUUUUACAGCGCGAUGUUGCAGGGUGCGAGAGCAUCACGUGCGUUAGCCGAGGCGAUGCAAACUGUCCAGCAUACCAGACAUUUUGCUCACCCUGCUAACUGGGCCGGUUGGCUGCUUAUCGGUGGAGAUGCGAGAUUGUCCAACAAGGUCGCGCUUAUGGGUCAAGCAUUGGCAGAAUUAUUACGUGGUGGUCCCGAACAGAGCAGGGAUGCACUGCGAGUGACGCUUCAUCUGGUAGAGAAAUCGUUACAGAGAAUUCAUCGCGGGCAGAAGAACGCUAUGUAUACGACUCAGCGCAGUAUCGAGAACAAGGUAGGCGCGGCCACCGGUUGGCGAGAACUUCUGAUGUCCGUGGGAUUUAGAUUCGAGCCGGCCGGUAACGGUAUACCGUCCUCCGUGUUCUUCCCGCAAAGUGAUCCUGAAGAAAGGCUGACGAGGUGCAGCGCUAGCUUACAAGCUCUGCUGGGAUUAGGUCAAUCGUCAUUGCACGCUUUGGCCAGGCUCUUACAAGUGCCAGAAGCCGCAGAAGACGUUAUCGCUGCCAUGAGAAGAGCCAGCUGCGCCACAGAAGGACAAGAAGUUGUAUUGCCUGUACAUGUUUGGAGAGCAUCUGGAUCACACGAACUAUUCGCUAGCUUAGGUUUCGAUUUAAUGGAAGUUGGGCAGUCUGAAGUGAUACUGAGAACAGGCAAACAAGCUUCACGUAGAGCCGUCCAAUUUGCUCUUCAAGCUCUCCUUGCAUUAUUUGAUACACAGGAAGCACCAAAAAGUCUUAGUUUAGAUUCAGGCAGUUCAAUGGAGAGCUUAGCUUCUGUGGCCCAUACCGAAAAAAAUCUUGUAGAACGGCCGCGAUUAGGAGGAGCCUUUGCAAGUUACGUACGACAUCGUGGCGAACCAGACGGGAAGACAAUGGAACCACCGAAUGUUUUGAUACCAACAUCGCGACAACCAUGUCAAAAUGGUGGAGGUGAAUCAGACGUGGCGUUUACACCUAGCCCUCCUGUAGCGCUUAACUUAAACCAUCAGACUCGUAUCCGAAAUCUUUAUCCCGAUCAGAAUCCGGUAAGGCCUGGCUCGAGCUCGAGCAGUUCGGUAACAGAUUGGGAUAAUGGCCAUGCCACCGUAUUAAGACGGCAACCGUUACCGCCGUUACCGGCUAACGUGUUGGAAAGAUUGAGUGUGAGGACGGAGAUCGGCACAAAUUCGUUGAGGAAACCACGACAUUCCGUGACGGUGAACGAGGACAUUUGCAAUACGCAGACCGACACGACGCAAUCCACGGAGACGCAUCCGCCAAAUUUGAGGAACCUGGCAACUUCCCUGACGAGUCUGACGCGCGAACUCACACCUACGAUCUCGGAGGUGUAUCACGAGCGAAAUUUGGGACUAGGUUUAGCGCCGUCCUUGUCGAAAUUACUGGAAGAGGUUGGCGCAGUGUCCGAGAAUGAGGAAUCACAAUCGGCAAAGACGAUAGGCCACAGCCAGACGCAGAAUUGGAUACAAAAUGAGUCGGAGCUCUGCCGGAGAGAUGAGGCCGAUGGUAGAUCUAUCGCAGAAUCACAGUGCAGUGCCGCCAGUUCGAACAAAAUACCUCGGAAAGCUCCCGCGCCGCCAAUAUAGAUUAUUUAUAUUUAUAAGUUAAAAUGUAAUUUCAUGGAGUAUAGUACUGGGUACCAAAGAAUGGGAAACACAUAUCGGAAAACAAGUGGUUGUGUUGUAGCCACAGCAGGGCCGAUAGAAAAAAAAAAAAAAAAACAAUCGACGGAGAGCGUGGUGCAAACGCGUAUUAACUUGCCAAUGUAUUUCUUGGUAUUCGAGAUGAAAACCUGAAAGAAUAUCUUAGGAACCAUAAAUACCUUAACACUCGCUAGACGCACAUAUUUGCAUACGUCUGUUUUUUCAUAUGUUGAAGCUCGUGAUAUAACGAGUUUUAUAUACGUACAAGGAUGAAAUAAUCUCGCUAAUAAGCGCUAAUAUGCUCAAGUAUAAUUUUAAUAAUAAUCCGUCCAAAUGUUUAAUUAUUAACAUUCUUAAUGUAGCAAAAGAUGACUGUUCAUAGAGUUUGGAUGUUCAAUGAGCUAAAAGAAUCAAUCUCUUUAUAUUUGCUAUCAUUUAUGAUGGAUAUGCUUAAUAAAUAGUAUUUAGCCGCAUUGACAUCCGAGUUCUAAUUUCUGCCUAUCAUAUUUCUUAUAAAUCAUGCGUUCUAAAUGUUCGUAGAGAACGCAAGAGUCAACUUGAAUUGACACUCCAUACUGCAUUUGUACUUUGCAACAUGCACACACAAAUAUGUAUUAUGUUAAUUAUAAGAGAAAUCUGUUAGAUAAAUACGUCUGUUAAAGCUUG